GGACGCUCGCUGAAGAGGGCUGCUGUCGCCGCUGUGUGAGUUAUAAACAGGGUGAAAGGUGACGAUGCCCUCUGACGUAUCAGAGUAUACUAUUGGUGGAGUGAAAAUUAUAUUCCCUUGCAAGGCUUAUCCAUCACAACUAGCUAUGAUGAAUGCUAUUGUUAAGGGGUUAAAUAACAGGCAACAUUGUUUGUUGGAGAGCCCUACAGGAAGUGGCAAAAGUUUGGCAUUACUUUGCUCUGCGUUAUCAUGGCAACAGUCCCUGUAUGAGAAGUCAGUGGUUAAAUCCUCAUGUGAAAAGGAAGACAGAAAGCCAGAGACUUCAUUGCCAUGUCGUUGUACAUGUCAUUCCCAAUCUGAGAGCAACGAGGCUGCAGCAAGUGUGAAUCAUGGUGCUUCUUGUUCUUUUAAUAAUUAUGAAGCAGGAACUUCCAUAAAAACUGAAACCUCACUAACAAACACAGAACAUCAGGAAAAUGAAACCCUAGCUUCAAAAUUGUCUGCCAAAAAAAGGGCAUCUCUUUGUAGUGAUGAAAAUGAUGAUUUUCAAGUAGACAGGAAAAGGAUUCGCUCUUUAGAAACUGAGCAGCAGGUUAGAAAACGUCAUUGUUUGACAAAAGGAGUGCAGCUAGUUGAUGCAUUAGAAGUUUAUCAUCAGAGAAAGAAUGGGGAGCUGAUUGUUCACUCUGAAAAAAGUGUGAAAACCACUGUUUUUUCUCCUAAAAAAUCUUCUGCCCCUUGCACUCAGUGUUCCUGUUCUUCUGGAAAAGAAACUGAUAGUAAUGCAAAGAAGAAAGAAAACGGAGAUCAGUCAUUCAUCCCAAAAAUAUUUUUUGGAACACGAACACACAAACAAAUAUCCCAGAUUACCAGGGAGUUGAAGAGAACAGCAUAUUCCAGUGUCCCUAUGACAAUUCUUUCUAGCCGGGAUUAUACCUGUAUUCAUCCAGUGGUAUCUGGUAGUGGUAGCAACAGGAAUGAAAUGUGUGUAGAGUUGCUGGAAGGAAAACACGGAAAGUCCUGUCUUUAUUACCAUGGAGUUCAUAAACUCAGUGAAUAUCAUACGCUGCAACUGGCACAUAAGAAAUGUCAGGCUUGGGACAUUGAAGAUCUAGUGAGCCUGGGAAAAAAGCUUCGUGCAUGUGCCUAUUUUGCAGCUAGAGAGCUCAUGGUGGGGGCAGAUAUUGUGUUUUGUCCUUAUAAUUAUCUCCUAGACCCACAGAUACGAGAGAGUAUGGAAAUAAACCUAAAAGGCCAAGUAGUCAUUUUAGAUGAAGCCCACAAUAUUGAGGACUGUGCUCGGGAGUCAGUGAGCUACAGUGUUACAGAAAAUCAACUAAGAUCUGCUCGAGAAGAGCUAGAUCUCAUGGUCAAUAACAACAUCAGGCAGAAGGAUCAUGAGCCCCUACGGGCUGUGUGCUACUCUUUGACAAACUGGUUACAGGAGAGCUCUGGUCAACUAGUAGAAAGAGGGUAUGAAACAUCCUGUAAAGUUUGGAGUGGAAAAGAAAUGCUCACCAUUUUGCACAGCAUGGGAAUAACCAAUAUUACUUUUCCCAUUCUACAGAAACAUUUUGCUGCUGUCCUGGAAAAAGAAGAAAAAGUAUUGAUGUUUGGUAGAGAAGAGGUUAUCGAGAUACCAGUUGUGAGCCCUGCUACUCAGAUUGUGUUAAAAGGGUUAUUCAUGAUUCUUUUAUGUCUUUUUAAAGAUAAUAGCAGGUAUGCAGAUGAUUACAGAGUUGCUUUACAGCAAACUUAUGCUUGGAUGAAUGAAAACCAACUUGAUGUUUCAGAUACAAGUGCCCUCUUUACACGGACCAAACAUAAAAGGAAUUUACGGCAGAAAACUGUAGUCCACAUGCUUAAUUUUUGGUGCUUGAAUCCAGCUGUGGCUUUUUCAGACUUAAGUGAUGUUAGAACAAUUGUUCUGACAUCCGGUACGCUCUCUCCAAUGGAUUCAUUUUCUUCAGAACUUGGUGUAAAGUUUUCUAUACAGCUUGAGGCAAAUCAUGUUAUUCGGAACUCACAGGUUUGGGUUGGCACCAUUGGAGCAGGCCCUAAUGGUCGGAAACUGUGCGCCACAUUCCAGCAUACAGAGACCUUUGAAUUCCAAGAUGAAGUGGGAGCACUUCUACUUUCAGUGUGUAAGACAAUUGGCCAAGGAGUUUUGUGCUUUUUGCCAUCUUACAAGCUGUUGGACAAAUUAAAAGAUCGCUGGAUGCAUACUGGGUUGUGGAGAAACCUCGAGCUGGUCAAGACAGUCAUUGCAGAGCCUCAAGGAGGAGCAAAGAGCGACUUUGAUGAACUGCUGAAAAUAUAUUAUGAUGCAAUAAAAUGUAGAGGAGAAAAAGAUGGAGCACUCCUUAUAGCCGUAUGCAGAGGAAAAGUUAGUGAAGGCUUGGAUUUCUGCGAUGACAAUGCCCGUGCAGUUAUAACCAUAGGUAUUCCAUUUCCAAAUGUGAAAGACCUUCAGGUUGAAUUAAAGAGGAAAUACAAUGACCAGCACAAAAAUAAAAGAGGCCUUUUACCAGGGAGUCAGUGGUAUGAAAUUCAAGCUUAUAGAGCUCUCAACCAGGCCCUGGGAAGGUGUAUAAGACACAGGAAUGAUUGGGGUGCUCUUAUUUUAGUUGAUGACCGCUUUCGGAAUAACCCUAAUAAAUACAUAACUGGAUUAUCUAAAUGGAUUCGACAACAAAUCAAGCACCAUGAAAAUUUUGGUAGUGCACUCGAAUCCCUGGAUGCAUUUGCUAGAAAAAAUCAGAAAGGCAUUGAUGAUUCAUCACAGUGCAACAGUGAAUUUGUACAUGUACCUUCAAGUUCAAAAGACCUGUCACCAACUUCUUCACUGGAGGCUACUAUUCAUUUAUCGCCAGAUGUUCCUGUUGAAAGUGAGGAGCAAAACUUAGUCCAAGAAAUUAGUAUUUUUACAACCAUCACCUCAACUAAUCCUGCAACAACAAGUCAGCCAAGUACUAUCAUGGCAACAAGGAAACAAAGUGGCCAGAAAGUUGAAGUAGAGGGUCAUUCUCACCAUGCAACACAAAGAGAAAAACAUAUGGACUCCACACCCAAAAUGCUUUCCACUGAAACCAAGAGAGAAAAAAAGAAGAGUUGGACUAAUUCUGAUUUUAUGAAAGAGUAUUUCUGCAUUAAACCAUUGACUUCAACACCUUUGUCUGUAGCUGAGAACUAUGUGCCCAUAGCUAAAGACAAACACAAGAAGAAUGUGAAUAAGGCUAGUGAACUUAUUGAUAGUGUAAAUCAAUGCCAGUCAUCAUUCAUUACAGAACAUAAACCAAAUGUACCAGCAUCAUGUUUGGAAACAACUAAUUUUUCACUUAAAAAUAUUGAGGCUACAGUUGCUGAAGAGGAAGACCUUGGUGAGCCACAGGUUCAUGAUAGUGAUGUGGAGCCCUGUAAUGAAUUCCUUUCAAAAGGAGGGGAAUCUGAACUUGUAAGAUUAAAUGCAUCUGUGGAAGCUGAGGAUGAGGAUGAGAGUAUCUACUUUACACCAGAACUCUAUGAUGAUGUAGAACCAGAGGAACAGAAAAUCAGUCCUCUAGUUCCAGGCAGUAAUACAGCUGAGAAUUGGAUUGAACAUGGAAAAUGCAGAGUUGCUGAAGAAUUUUUUGAAACCAACACCUCAAAAACACUAAGUGUUAUUAAAGAAACAAUUAGUGUUGAUGACAUAAACACAAGUUUCCAUGGAAAAAGGAAUAAUGAUGAGAGUAAGAAUAGUGCAGUUAAUAGUGUUGUAGACAUGACUAGUGAAAUAGAAGCAGAGCAGACAGAAUCCCAAGAAAUGGACACCAAAAAACGGAAAAUCAAUCUUUCCAGAUCACGAAAUAAAGGUGUGUCAUCUUUACUGUUGACGAAUACUAGCACAUAGUGUCAGGUUUGAUGAGACAUACAAAGAAAAGCCUUUAUGAAAUAGCCUCAUUGUUGAGUCAGGAAUUUUUAGUUCUCAUUUAGUAUAUGUGAUCAGGUUCGAUUUUUCUUUUUUUGUUUUGUUUUGUUUUUCAGUAUGCAAGUUAUAGAUAUAAUUAAUAUCUUUCAUCAUAAAUGUGCUGCCAAAGGCCAAAUAUAACGUGUGGAAAUUCUAACUGGAACUCUGUAGAGCAUUUUACUUGUAAUUAUAGGGUGAGGAGAAGGUUAGUCUAUUGCCGAUUGAAUUAGUUUGCUGUUAAAGGCAAUCAAACAAUUGGAUUUUUCUCAGAAAGCAAAACAUCCAGUUAAUCAAAUUACUUAACUACACUUGCAAGGGCUGCUUUGUUAAUUAUGCAGAGUAGCAUCUUUGCGGAUCAAGUAAUAUAAUAGAUUGAAUCUAGAUUCUGAAAUAGGCCAGCUGUGCGCUUCAGUACUUUGUUUCCCUCAAAAUCCUUUUGUCGAAAUGGGCCUAUCGGAAGUUGUGUAAUGCUGUUUGGGCACUUCCAUAUUUGAUGAUAAUUAGAGUGUUCUUACUGAGUGUUCUUUCUUUGUUUUCUAUAAAAGUUGAAGUUUCUUUAAAACUUCCUUUUGAGAGGGUCUUAUUUUCUUUUGUAAGUAAAUUUAUACAUAAUGGACUUUAAAC